UUACUACAUUUAAUGUAAGAAAAACUUUUUGGUCUUACAGGAACAAAUAAACUAAUAAAGGUUCCACUUUUACCGUCCAUGCUCUCCGCGCUGAGUAGCUAGCUUUUCCAAUCGAAGCUCCAAGGAAGAAGAAGAAAAAAAACGUACGAACUCAAAAAGGAGCUCACUUUUUCUCUUCUUGUCCUUUUACCUUUGCAACGGUCCAACGGACGCCUCAAUGUUUUCCCCGCAGCCGUCUCAGGGAACGGCGGCGAAACUUCUGGCGACAACUCAUCCUAGACACAACCCAACGCACCAGUUAUCGACGCCGGUGUUGGUUGCAACAGCCCUUGCUGCCACCAUCGCCGCCGCCGCCGCGGCUACUCUUGCUGUGAUACUUUACCGGCGAUUAUCCCGUGGUCGCGCCGUAGCCACCGUGCCUUCCGAUCUGAGGCCACCUUCCAGCCUUCUACGCCGCUUCUCUUUCUCCCUGCUUCGCCGUGCCACGUCCUCCUUUUCCCCUUCCCACAAGCUUGGCCAAGGUGGCUUCGGCCCUGUAUACAGCGGCACACUCCCCUCCGGCCAACACGUCGCCGUCAAACUCAUGGACUCCGAGUUCCUCCAAGGGGAGCGUGAGUUCCAGAACGAGCUCGCUCUCGCUGCCAAGAUCCUCACCAUGGGAUCCUCCCCAGAUCGCGGCUGGGUCGUCGUGCCUUUCGGAUUUUGUAGCUAUGAGAAGAGAUGCGGUUGGUGGGGUAAGCGGCGGAAAGCGGUGGACUUAGAGGCUAUGGAUGACGGUGGCGAGUCAUUGCCGUUGCGGAGGUUAUUACUUGUCUACGAGCUUAUGCACAACGGUAGUUUGCAAGAUGCGCUGCUUGAUCGGCGGUGUCUGGAGCUCAUGGACUGGCGGCGGCGGUUCUCCGUUGUUGUCGACAUCGCCCGCGGGCUUCAUUUCCUGCACGUGAUCUGUGAUCCACCGGUUAUCCAUGGAGACAUCAAGCCGAGCAACAUCCUCCUCGAUUCACGCCUCUCGGCCAAAAUUGCCGACUUCGGUCUUGCCCGCAUCAACUCGCCGGCCCCCGACGGCGAUCAAAAUCUGAGCGAGGAGGAAGCCCAAGGAGGCGAGAUCGAACAGAAAUCUUCGCAAAAAAUUUGGGCGAAAGAUGAGAACUGGCAGCCAGAUAUUAAUGUCGGUGGAGGCGACGAUGAUGCGUCGGCGAUGGGAGAAACCGCCGAAAGCACGACGACCAUAGGCUUAGAUGAGAGAUGUCAGGAGGAAAACGAUACUUUUGCUACUAGGGUUUCAGAGGCAGAGCUCAUAGCUUCGCCGACGGAGACCUUGAUGCCCCUCGACGUGGUCUCCAACUCGGAAGUUGGGGGUUUUGAUAGGGCAAGCGUGGACAGCGGGAUUGAAACGGUGGUCUCCACCAGCAGAAGGAGCGGCCGCCGGAAGGCCGUCCCCACUGCAGGCACUGGUAAUGGUGUAGGGAAAGAUUGGUGGUGGCGGCAGGACGGCGGCGCAGGGAAUCCCGAACCCGGGGGCAGCGUCAAGGAUUACGUGAUGGAGUGGAUCCGCUCGGAAAUUAAAAAGGAACGGCCAAAAAGCGAAUGGAUUACUGCAUCCACAUCUGCCGUCUCCGCUGAGGAUUGCCUGCCUCGCGUAAAUGGAAGAACGGACAGGAAGAAGCAGCAAAGAAAACUGGAAUGGUGGGCUUCAUUAGACGAGGAGAGGACGAAGAAGAAAAGCCGGCCGGCACGGGAGUGGUGGCGAGAGGAGUUCUGUGAGGAGCUCACCAACAAAAGUAACCGAAAAACCAUCAUCAAAUCAAAAAGCAACAUCGAAACAGUCGAGCGCCAAUGGUGGCAGAAUGAAGCGGAGCAGCAUCACUCUUCGCAAGGGAGGACGAAAAGAACGAGGAAGAAGAGCUUUAGCAGAAGCAGCCAGACAAGCAAUGAUCAAUGGUUGGAUCGCAUCAGUAAGCGGAGCAGCCGAGAUUGUAUGGUCGGGGACAUUCCAAAGAGUUGCACGGUGAGCAGCACACCCAGCAUGAGAGGCACUAUCUGCUAUGUUGCCCCUGAGUAUGGUGGAGGAGGGCCUCUGUCGGAAAAGUGUGACAUUUAUAGCUUUGGUGUGCUUCUAUUAGUUAUCGUCUCUGGCCGGCGGCCACUGCAGGUCACCGCAUCUCCCAUGUCGGAGUUCGAACGAGCUAAUCUCAUCUCUUGGGCAAGGCAGCUUGCUCAUGUUGGGAGGCUCCUUGAUCUCAUCGAUCCCUCUUUGCAAGCGGUUGACAGGGAGCAAGCGCUUCUAUGCAUAACUGUAGCCCUCCUUUGCAUUCAGAGGUUGCCUUCUCGCCGUCCAUCCAUUAAGGAGAUUGUAGAGAUGCUUACAGGACAGUCUGAGCUCCCACAUCUUCCUCUAGAGUUUUCUCCAUCGCCGCCUGGUGGGUUUCCAUUCAAGUCUAAAAGAAAGGCCCCUCAGUGAGUUCAAUCUUUUCCAGUAAGCUUUAGGAAAUGUAAUGCUGGUAGUUGUUGUACAUUCAUCAUUUUUGCUAUCAAUAUCUAAGAAUUAGAAAAGAGGAAAUAGCAGAGUGUUUUUAACUUCAAGUUCGCUAGAAUGACAUAAACAUUUAAAAUGAACUAUGAGGAAUGCUGAAGGAACAUGUAUGUCUUCUUUAUGCAUGGGUUCUUAUCAGUAAAGCAAUUGAAAAUUGAGAAUAAUUCAGAAGA